GAGCGCAGUGACACGACGCAGUUGCGAAUCGACCAUCCUUCCAUACGGAUCGAAUAACAUCGUGUAUCUUAUAACCGCAUUAGUUUAGUAUUACUAGAUCCAAAACUAAAACUGAAGUCUACAGAUAAUUUAAUUUAUUUUAUUUUCAUUUAAUUUAAUUAAAAACGGUUAAAAUGUCGUCGUGUGAGUUAAAAUCACAAAAUGGCAAUGGUAAACUUAAAGAGGAGGAAGAGAAAAAUGGCAACGGGAAAGAAUCUGAUACAAUGUAUCCAGAUGGGACGGUAAAACUGCGCAAUCCAAACAUCGAGCUGAUGGACCAAGAUAUUCUCUACCAUCUGGCACUUGGAAGUGGUUCGCAUGAUUUGGUUGAGAUGUUCGGGGAUGUUAAGUUUAUUUGUAUGGGAGGUACUCCAAAACGCAUGGAAAACUUCGCCAACUACAUUAUGAAAGAAAUUGGUCAUAAGCUACCGACGGGCACGACGCUUUUCGACAUCAGCCAGUAUUCCUAUCGUUAUAGCAUGUAUAAAGUCGGACCGAUUCUUUCAAUCAGUCAUGGUAUGGGCGUGCCAUCAAUCAGCAUCCUGCUGCACGAGAUAAUCAAGUUGAUGUACCAUGCGCGCGUCAAAGACCCGGUCUUUUUCCGCAUCGGCACAUGUGGUGGCAUCGGCGUAGAUGGCGGCACUGUCGUUAUCAGUGACGAUGCGUGCGACGGCAUGCUUAAGGACUACUACGAGGUGCCCAUGUUGGGCAAAAACGUUCGCAGGCCAGCGAAACUUGACAGGCGUUUGGUGCGCGAGAUUAAAGCGUGUGCGGAUCCGGAGGAUCCGUAUGAUACCGUCACGGGGAAGACAAUGUGUACGAGUGACUUCUAUGAAGGUCAAGGCCGAUUGGAUGGCGCAUUCUGUGAGUAUAACGAACAGGAUAAGAUCGACUACCUCAACAAACUAAAAGAAUCCGGGGUGGUUAAUAUCGAAAUGGAGGCGAUACCCUUCGCUGCGCUCACUCAUCACGCCGGUAUAAAAGCUGCCAUUAUUUGCGUCGCGCUCUUGGACCGUUUCAAGGGUGACCAGGUGUCUACACCGAAAGAAGUGUUGAACGAAUGGCAAAUUCGACCGCAAAAACUGGUCGCCAGUUACAUCAAACGUUAUCUCCAGUCGAAAGGAAGACAUUCCUUCGAAGGACACGGUUCGAUGGCGGUGAAGAGCCCGCGGCGAUUCAAAUUGGUGCAGCAGGAGUCGCAAACUUUCGAAUAAUUACGCAUUUUGUUUCUAUUUUGAUUUAUUUUUAAGUGAUUCAAUCAAAAGUUUAAGGAUUUUAGUUGUAUAAGCUUAAUUAUUGUUGUAAUAAUUACAUAUUAUUACUGAUUAUUGAUUA